AUGCGCUUUGAUCCUGGGCUGAUGGCUGCUACAGGUUUCAGCAGUGGGACAGAGGAGGAGACCUCGGGGUAUGAGAGUGAAGGGGGGCGCUCUCUCUCCCCCUCUGCCUCUCUCAACAGCAUCUCCCCGUCCCCUUCCUCGCCCCCGUCGGGCCGGAGGCCGCGCACCGCCUUCACAACUGAGCAGAUCAGAAGCCUGGAAAGAGCCUUUAAAAGGAACGCCUACCUGGGGACCCAGGACAAAGCUGAGCUCUGCAAAAAACUCAACCUAUCAGACAAGCAGAUCCGUAACUGGUUUCAGAACCGGCGUAUGAAACUGAAGAGGACUGUGCAGGAUGCCUUGGCACAUGCCUGCCAGGCUAAGGUGGCAUCUCACCUGUUGCACUACUCCGAGCUACAGGCAUUUUGCUCUGCCCCCUACCCCACCUACCACCCUCACCUUGUCCCAGACGGACCCACCACUGCCCCCUAUCUCCAGCCCCACAGCAUGCUCUACAACUCCUCUCCUGCUUCCCAGACUCUACCUGGUGUGUCUACCCUACCUAUGGACUCUCUUUACCAGUAUGCUACCCUUCCAGGACUCAUGGUGCCCUCCAGUGCUUCGUCCCUGGUGGGAGCUCAUCAGCCAUAUCUUCACCAAUACUGA